AUUUAUACAUUUGACAAAGUAUUCUCCAUUAGCUUAAGAAGGAAAUUUCAAUUUUUUUCUCUCCCUCUCUCUCUCUCGCCUCUUCAAUUAGUCUUCGAAGCGUCAUACGAUUCAUAUUCAAAGAGGCGAACAAACUAAAUCAUAAAUCCGAUGCAAGUUAGCUGCUUCGUUAUGUCAUUUGCUUCGUGUUCCAUUGGUUUAGUGCUCGUAUGAAAUUCGGCCAUAAACAAUCACGUCAGGCAGUCGGCCUUAAAACCAUAGAAAUUCAAUUGAAAUUUUAAAAGUCAGUUAAGGAAAAAAAAGAAGACAAGAAAUUCUUGGGCAAAAUUAAUUAUGGAGAAGCCAAGUGGUGAACCAAGUGAAGAUUUGGUGCCCGAAAAUGAAACAAAUACUGAGUCGGGCACACAAAGUCAUGAACAACAAAAUGGUACGGCCGAUACGGUUGAACCUGAACCCGAAGCCGAACCAUCAAAGCCAAGCGAUAGUGAAAAUUGUAAUCCGGAUAAAAUGCCCGAUGAGCUGAAGGAUAUUUUCUUGGUGGAUGCCAUCGGCGAUACAUUGUACAGUAAACGCUUUGUGCUGCAAACGCUGCUCAAUCUCAAUAAAGUGGAAAGUAAACUGAGCGAAGAGUUUGAAAAGGAUUUGUGUACAUUGUGGGACAUGACCAUUGAAAAGGAUGUGAUUAAAUUGUUGCUGGAGCAUAAUGUGUUGGAAAUAUUUUCCAGUUUAAUUCAAAUGAGCGAAGAUCAGCGUUUGGUGGAAAUUUUACUCGGUAUCAUUGGUAAUAUGUGCUCAAUAUCACAAACGCGCGAAGCAUUAUGCCAACAGCCCGAUGUUAUGAUACCGAUCAUCGAUUUGAUUUCAUGUUCGGACUCAUUGAUUUUGGUGCAAUUGAUGCGUUUAUUUCAUACGUGCCUGGUGUUUGAAAAUAGUGGCGAUGAGUAUAUUUGGUUUCAGCAUUUCCGUUGUGCCGAUCAAUUUGUUGAUCGAUUCGCAUUUUUAUUGUCCAAUUCAAUGAGCACAUCCCUUUUGGUGCAUGCAUACGAAGCGCUCAAUGCAAUCUGUACGAAAUUUGCGAUCAUUGAAAUUCAACCAGAAAUCACCGAUUCAAGUGGAUUCCGGGAUGUAUUUGUGAAACCAGUAUUAGUGUCUGGUGUGAUUGAAGCAUUCAAACAAAUGCUACCGCAUGCAGAUAUGCCGCGUAUGCCGACCACCACCACCACCACCAUCACCAUCACCACCAACGAUAAGAGCAUCAAUGGCAACGGUGGUGAACAUUCUCAGGUAAACAAUAGUCAAAUCAUCGAUGACGAUAUUGCGGCACCGACAAAACGAACACAACGCAUCAUGAAUCUAUUCCUCGACAUAAAUGUCAUUCUGUCACAGUAUGAUACCAUAUCACGGAAAUGCUAUGAACCAUUCAUUCCACAGUUGAUGGAGUGCAUUUCAAAGUGUUUACAACCGCUGUGUCAACCCGUUUAUUUGCUACCAUUGUCAUCAAACGAACAGAUUCUCAUCGAAAAUGUAAACGAAUUAAUUCAAACGCUGGACGAUCCAUUCGAUGCAAAAUGUUUCCAGAAAAUGAUCACAAUUUGGUCGUUAAUCGAUCAGCAUCUGUUAAAAUUGUCGAAAAAACAAAACGAACCGAAAAGCGAAUGGGAUGACGAUGAUGAUGAUGAUGGCGGAGAUGAUGAUGAAGAGGAAGUUAGCGGCAUCGAUGUUAAUAUGACCAUUUUGGAAUACAUUACACGAACCAGUAAGAAUGCAACACAGGAACAAAUUGAAAUUGCGGUGAAAAAUAUCAAACAAGAUGUGAUUGAAUCGUUAUGCAAAGCACUGAGUCCUGGCAGCGGUGAGGAUGAUAUUCGGGCAUGCAUCAAUAAAUUCAAAGAUGCCGCAAGAUCUCUGUGGAAAAUUGAAAUCACCAUAAAUGAAGAGGAAUUUGGGCCGAGAAGUGUCAGUGAUAUCGACGACGAUGACGACGUAGACGACGAAGGUGGCAAUGAUACCGUAGAAAAUGGAAAAAUCGAAGAGAAUUUUGAAAAUGGGAAAAACGAACAGAGCAAUUCAAAACACGAGGAAACGACCCCAGUCGAAUGAGCAUCCGAUCAAUCACCACAUUUUAUAAGCACACACACACAUACAACAUGUUUUUUUCUGUACAAAUGAUUCAAUUAAGUUUAACUAAGCAUUUUUUUUUCUCACUCUCUUUGUUUUGUAAUUUAACAUUUAAAUUAAAGAAAAAAAAAUUGUAUUUGACCAUUUUAUAGGAGUAAUUUUGUUAUGGACAUAGAAAAGAAAAAAAAAACCAAUAUCUACUAUGAAUAAUUAAUUAGUAUGUUUGAAAGCUAUAGAAGAAAAAGGCAAAAUAAAAAUUUAUUUUCUAAACUA